GCGCUUCCCUCUGCCUCAUGUCGCAACCUCAACAGAUUAGUGUGACUGACUUGGACCUGCCGCAGCUUGCGGAUGUGCGAAGGCAGUUGGAAGAGGAACUGACACACCUCACCAACUCAUUCGCCCAGCUCAAAUCUGCUCAAGCUAAAUUCAAGGCCUGUAUCGAAAAUGUUGCGGAGAUCAAACCAGCAAACGCUGCUAAACCGAUCCUGGUACCAUUGACCAAUUCGCUCUACGUGCCCGGCAAGCUCUCCGACACAGAGCACGUCAUCGUCGACGUUGGCACCGGCUAUUUCGUGCGAAAGACGCGACCGCAAGCCGUAAAAUACUAUUCUGCAAAAGUCACCUACAUUCAGACGAAUCUGGACACCCUCGAAGAAACGAUUGGCAAAAAGCGGGAGAAUAUGGGCCUACUAGUCAAUGUAAUGCAAUCCAAAUUGCAGCAGCAGCAACAAUCUACGUCGUCGUGAUCGCACAUGCUCGGACUAAGCUCGUAGAAACCUCUUUCCAGGACCUCGAUGUGUACACGAUCGAUGUCAGACGUGCGUUCAGACUCGCUCUCUAUCUUGGUCCAGUUGUAUCUGGAUCUCUCUAUUCUCGUCUGUCCAGGCAUCAUAUGUCCUUCCGAGCAAGAUUGCAGUCUCCAGAUCGCACCCGCAUCGGAGAGUCGAUAGGGUACUUUGGAGCUCCCAGACAGACUUCUGCACUCCACCAGCCGUGGAUUCAGCCGACAACCUUCCUCAGGCUCAUCGUCGCCCUUCGAGCAACUCGCUCUCCGUGCUCGAUGACACCUGGGAUGCUCCUGUGAUCUUUGCGUGAGAAAACGAAAUCUCCAUCUCCGGCAAGUCCCAGGCCAAUCUCCGACCCUGCCCAGGUAUUCCAGUAGCUUUGUUGGAGCACGAAGACGUCAGAAGCUGCUUGCAUCCCAGCGGUCUCUGAACCUUGUCCGCAAGGUCGGAAAAGACUCCGUCAGUUUCCCAAAGCGUGUUAGGCCUUGGUCAUGACACCAGCCGUUAUAACUGGGUCACGCGAGCAGGGAUCGUGCACAAUUAGUUUGCCGUUCCGAGCUUCGGGCCCGAGUUUGUAUUGCGCGGUGUUCAUUGUCGCAACGAGUCGAUGACAGUCAAGCGGUCGGCGGAAGAUUGUGUGGUUUGGCGAGACAACGUCGCUGCCGGGGUCUUGCAGAGCGUGGGAGACCAGCGGCCUUGGAGUACGAUGAGUAAUGUGUACCGUGCCAGAAGCGCCAAUUACUGCAUAAACGUAGCUUGACGGACGACUUCGGCAAUGGUCUGCGGGAUACAGAAAGUGGGCUGCAACCGUGACCCCGCUGCACCCGUCAUCGCCGAGCCAUGGGUGGUCUCCUGGCAAGUAUCGUGACUUUCACACCUUGACCAACCAUUUGAAGAAUGUCGAGUGACUUGGGGGCCCCCAGACACCAGACACCGCCACUAAUAGAGAACGUCAACACAAAAUGCGGGGUAAAAUAGGGGCUUUUGGCAGCGGCUGGCUGCGGAUGUUUUGACGGGAGCGGAGCAUCCCAGGAGGUGUCAGUUGCUUGUCAGCCAAUGAGAUAACAUGAAGAGUCCAGAGACUCGAUAGGGCAUUCGCGGGCAGGCUAGGUCGUCGUCGGGCAACGAGGCUCGAAGGCAAACCACCGUCGCCAUCUUCCCAUCUGUCUUCUUUGCUGUACAUACACGCUGUGGAGUCUAGAACCCCCGGCCUUCUCCUUCCUUUCCCAUUUAGAAUUCACGUGAUCUACUCCAAUCCCACAUACAAAAGUGCCGACCCAAGAAUGCACGACCAAUUCGCCGCUCCCACUCACUCACCAUGUCGAACAACCGCUCUCCCACC